AAUACAAGUGUGGGGGUUUCGUGUAUGUGUGUUACGUAUUAUGGCAGUGUGUGUGAAGAAGUACACCUUGACACAUAACUGAAAUGAGCUGGAUCCAAGUGCCACAUGGAGGAGUCCAGGGACAACCUGUGCUUUUCCUUUGCAAAGCCAGAGCUUAGCUUUGUUUCCAGGGACAUGUGAGGAGGAGGAGGAGGAGAAGGAGGGCACAAGGAAAUCCUUCCCUUCCUGUAAGCUUGGCUAGCAAUCUCCUGGGGGCAGAGUAGCCCCUGCCUUAGCCACCCACACCAGUUUAGCCUGGAUAAUCCCUUGACCCCCCUCUUUGCAGAGGAGGCCUAAAGCCAGGGCAAAGGCAGGGUGACCAGAGGCCCUCCUUUUCCAGGACCUGUCCUCCAUUUCAGCCUUCGGUCCAGGAGGGAUUCCAAAAUCUCCUCCAUUGAUUCCACGGUGGAACGUUCCCGGGAAGGCGAGCAUUGUGACGUCAGCGCCCCUACUAAUCCUCCCCGCUGAGCCUGAAGCCAUGAGGUCACCGCAGCGGCCAGCAGCAGAGCAAUAGCCCUAGCAGCAAAAGCAGCAGCAGCAGCAGCGGUAGCAGCAGCAGCAGCAAAAGCAAGGCAGCUUCCUUGGCUGGCGGGGCCAGGAAAGGAGGGAGGGAGGCGGGGAGCCGGCCCCAGCAAGGCCGCCUGGGAAACACCAGCUUGCAAGAGGAGCCUUGGCCCCAGCCAUGGAGGAAGAGGCGAAGAAGCCGCAGGUCGGCUCCUGGCUGCCGGUCUUGGUGGAGCAGAUGGUGGACGACACCCUGGUGGUUACCUUGAGCUGCGGGGAGAGGCGCUUCACGGGGAUCCUGCUGGAUUGCACGAAAAAAUCCGGUUUGUUUUGUGUUCCACCAUCUUCAUUACCAAAGACGGAUGACCCACCUACUAAUGCUUGCACUAACGGGAAGUCUGAAGAUGGACAGACUGUACAACUGGAGACUGAACGACGGCCUUGGGAAGAAAAGCCCCCCAAGGCCAAUGGGGAAGAGCAAGUUCCUCCUCUCUUGCCUCCACCCCCAUCAGGCAGUGUUCUUCCAUACCCUCCCUAUUUUGAGGGAGCUCCCUUCCCACCUCCAUUGUGGCUAAGGAACACCUAUAAUCAGUGGGUCCCUCAGCCACCUCCAAGGACUAUCAAAAGGACAAAGAGGCGAUUGUCCCGUAAUAGAGACCCUGGCAGGCUCAUCAUGAGCACCAUUAGGCUGAGGCCACGACAAGUGCUUUGUGAAAAAUGCAAGAACACUUUGAAUCCAGAGGAGAGUAACACAGGCAGGCAAAAUGUGAAAACCAGGAGGAAACUCAGCAUUCAGGGUAAGGAGCAGAAGCGACAUAGUGAAUCAGACUUUGCAGAGAAAAGGAGCAAAAGAGAAAAGCGCGAGGAAGAUAAAUUUUCUGGGGAGCUCUUACAUCGGACUCCAGUUAUAAAAAUAUCUUACAGCACCCCACAAGGGAAAGGGGAAGUGGUGAAAAUUCCCUCCCGGAUCCAUGGCUCAGGGAAGCCAUUUUGUCCUCAGCGAUUACUGCAGAAUGGAGGGGAGGACCAAGAGGAGACCAAAGAGUUGGAACAGUAUCGUGAUACCAAAUGUUUUAUAGAUAAGUCGUCGAGUGGUCACCUUGCUUCCAUUCCAAAGCUAAAAUUAACCAGGCCUGUGAAUUCCAGUGCAGAUGUGCCGCCUCCAAAAAUCAGGCUGAAGCCCCAUCGGCUGAGUGAGGGGGAUAACGUUUCAAUUUACAAAGCAGAACUUAUUGAUGAGAUGAAUGUCCUUUCCACUAGUGGAGAAUCCCAUGCUGCUACUGCUGCUACUUUUUAUACUGACGAAUCUGCAGAUAGAAGUUUAGCAGAGAUGUCUUCAGGGAGCUCCUGUGAAGAUGAAGACUUCAAAAGGUUUCCUCAGAAUAAAGAUGGACAUGAUAACUUGGCUUUUCUUAUGAAUUAUCAUAAGAGGAAAGCGGAUUCCUCAAGCUUAUCAGUGUGUAGCAAUGACAGUUUAGACGAAUCCAAAUCUUCUAGUUCAGAAGUCACAUCACCGGAAAUGUGUGAUUUUUUACCUGGUGAUGAGGCCUCCGUCUCAUCUUCAUCAAAGGAUGAACGUAAGAUUGUGCCCCCCUUGACAGUUAGACUGCACACACAAAGUGUUUCCAAAUGUGUCACUGAAGAUGGAAGAACUAUUUCAAUAGGAGAUAUUGUUUGGGGCAAAAUCCAUGGCUUCCCAUGGUGGCCGGCCCGUGUGCUUGAUAUAAAUCUUGGCCAGAAGGAAAAUGGAGACCCUUCCUGGCAGGAAGCAAAAGUGUCAUGGUUUGGUUCUCCUACAACAUCUUUCUUGUCUCUGUCAAAACUUGCCCCUUUCUCUGAAUAUUUCAAACUGCGGUUUAAUCGUAAGAAGAAAGGGAUGUAUCGGAAAGCUAUUUCAGAAGCUGCCAAGGCAGUGGAACAUCUGACCCCAGAAAUAAGAGACCUCUUAACACAAUUUGAAACGUAAUUUUGGCUUCAGUAAUAGGUAACAGAAGCUAAGAGCACAGCUGUCCUAGAGUUUCACGAAGUCUGUAAACAUCCUGACACGCUUCCCUGGGCAAAUCUUCAGGUUUCAGUGCACACGGUGGCAGGAUACAUUUUCAGACUGGUCCAGCUCACUCACCUGUGAAAGAGAAAAAAGGCAUCUGGACUGCUGAGGAGGCCUUCCAGAAGCUAGUCUGACCAAAAGUCAUAGGGCUACUUAACAGAAAAGAAGCAAACUUGGCGAGUAAUGCUUCCACAAAGUAGGGUCUUAAUGAAAUACUACAACUUGGAAUGUAUUUAUUUACCUAUGAAAUGUUAUCCAUUCUUGAUUAUUCCUCCCUCCCACCCACCUCUCUAUUUACACAUACAUUGCUGCUGCUUUUACUUAACAAGGUCUCUCACACUUUAUUUUUAACGCUGCAAAACUGUUUACUCCAGUUUCUGUACACUCUUGAGAAGGGACAUGCAAUAGAAUGGAAUCAGUGUAGUCUUAAGGUGAAAUGGACUCACUUCAUGUCUAUUAAAAUUUGGAAAAUGUGCAA